AUGCCAGCUAAAGCUAACAAGCAAGUACGCUUUGCGUACAAGAACAUCUUCCACUCCCCUCCCCAAACGCCAACACCAGCUCUAUCCUUUUCCACGUCUACAGUGCCAUCAUCUUCAGGACCUAUAACUCCCCCAUCUGCCACACCAUUGGGCCUUCCUGGGCCUUCACCUUACUCAUAUGUGCCUUCGUAUGCUCCCGUAAAGCAGCCCACUUACCCAGUACCUUCAAGGCGCUCAGUACAUAUUCGUCUGCACCCCUACUUGGAGCCCAAUGCUGUUUCAUGGGAUAUCGUCGAUCACCCCUCUACGAUGUCGCGUCAUCAUCACCCAGUUUCCAGCAGAGCACUUUGCGAAGCAGCCACCAGCCAUCCACUCGCCAGCAUGAAAAUCACUUGUUCGUAUCUGCCAUGGACAAUCAAGGUUCACGCAUCAAAUGGCUCGUACAUCACACUCGAGGACGUGUUUGAUGCUAUCUACCGUUCGCUGCGCACGAACAUCUCCCAGUCCGAGUUCAAUUCUCUCCCGUCUGAAAGCGACCAGAGACGCGCGACCCGCGCGUACGAGCAGCGUUACAGGCGGAUGCGGAGCAGCCGACACUACGAGGAGGAGAAACGCGGUGGCAUGAAACGCGUCGACUUUUUGAUGGGGCGAUCACGUUUUCUCGGCAUUUCUGCUGGGCGUCGUCCGGAUGAGUGGCAACUCACCUACACUGAAAUACUCGAAACAGAAACAAGUAAAAUCAUAUCAUAA